UGGGUGGCCGGGGGAAGGGCCGCCCUCCCCGGCAGGCGGGCUCGGGAAAGUUGCGGGGGCGGCGUGAGGUGGGACGCCCUCUGUCUCCGCACAGCGCCGUGCGUCCCAGCCAUGGCUGGCAACUUCGACCUCCUCUUUGACUCUCUGGGACACUUCGGCAGAUAUCAGGCAUGGGUUUAUUUUGCAUCUGUGUUUCAAGCUAUGUCUUGUGGCAUCCACUACUUGGCCUCAGUCUUCCUGUCUGUUACACCAAAUUUUGUGUGCGGUGUCCCCGGAAAUGUGAGUGGUGUUCUAAUUGGCAACUCAUCUAGUUCAAGAGUAGAGGAUGUCUGGAACUUGUGGACAUCAGCACACAGCUACAUCGUGGUCCAGCUGGAAAAUGGGGACCUUUGGGAACUUAACCAGUGCAGCAGGUCUAAACGAGAAAUCACAUCGACAUUUACUUACGAAUACAGCGGCAACAAGACCAAUUUCCCAUGUACUGAUGGGUAUAUCUACGACCAGACCAAGUGGCAGAGCACUAUAGUAACAGAAUGGGAUUUGGUCUGUCAGCAAGAAUGGCUGGCCAAACUAACACAACCCACAUUUAUGUUCGGAGUCCUUUUAGGAGCUGUGAUCUUUGGAGAUAUCGCUGACAGGGUAGGAAGACGUUAUAUCAUGUGGCUUACAAGCACUGGCCAGUUUAUAUUUGGCAUUGCCGUGGCGUUCACAUUUGACUACAAUAGUUUUGUUAUAGUCCGUUUUCUCCUUGCAAUGGUUUCCAGUGGCUAUCUGGUUGUAGUGUUUGUUUAUGUGACUGAAUUUACUGGCAUAAAGGCUCGCACGUGGGCAUCCAUGCACGUCCAUGCAUUUUUUGCAGUGGGAGUUAUGGUUGUGGCCCUGGUAGGCUACUUGGCAGAGACCUGGUGGGUCUACCAGAUCUGCCUUUCCAUAACAACUCUCCCCUUUGUCUUGUGUUGCUGGAUGCUCCCAGAGACGCCCUUCUGGCUGCUCACAGAGGGAAGACAUGAAGAAGCACAAAAAGUAAUUAAUGUAAUGGCAAGAUGGAAUAAAAUAAGCACACCUUGUAAAAUUUCUGAGCUGUGUUCAGACCAAGAUGAUCUUGUCAGUAGCAGAACGGGUGAUAAUGACAAUUCUCCCGUGAAGAAGCACACCAUCUUAGAUCUGUUUCGUAACUGGCACAUUGCAAGAAGGACAAUUACAGUCUGGCUGGUUUGGUUCACUGGGAGUUUAGGAUAUUAUGUAUUCUCCCUCAGUUCCGUGAACCUUGGAGGCAAUGAAUAUUUAAAUCUGUUUCUCAUAGGUGCUGUGGAGCUCCCUGCAUAUGUCAUUGCUUGCAUAGGAAUGGACAAACUGGGGCGAAGGAACACAUUGAUCCCAUUCCUCAUAUUGAGUGCAAUGAUCUGUGCUGUACUGAUGCUCAUACCACAAGAUUUCAGUACUCUAAUUAUUUUAGCAAAUAUGGCUGGAAAGUUUACAAUAGGCGUUGCAUUUGGCCUUAUUUAUCUGUAUACAGCAGAGCUAUAUCCAACAGUUGCACGGUCCCUUGCUGUUGGAAGUGGGAGCAUGAUGUGCCGAGUAGGGAGUGUGGUAGCACCAUUCUGUGUCUAUCUGUCUAGUGUUUGGAUCUUCAUGCCACAGUUGAUUGUUGGAAUCAUAGCCUUUGUGAGUGGAUUGUUAACACUGAUGCUACCAGAAACCCUUGGAAAACCACUGACAAAUACGUGGACAGAAGCUGCAGAACUAGCCAAUCAUGUCAAGAAAGACAGUGGAUCAGAAAAGACUGUCUCACCACAGGGAGCUUUGCAGAAAAUUGAGAUGCUGAACCAAGAGGCAUCUAGCAUAAAUGUAUGAAAUACCCCCCUUUAUUUUAACUGCCAUGUAUUCUAUUGAGUGCCUUCAUUUGCAGUAUCUCAUGACUGGGCAUUACCUUUGUCCUAUAAUGUGUACAUCCUCCUUGCCUUUUCAACAAGGGAGACGUAAGAAGUAGAACCUUUCAGAGCGUAUUUUUGGAGUUGCUCUGAAGCAUCUUUAUUUUAAUAGCUGGAGUAAGUCAUGUUAAUUUUUUCUGAGAUUCAUUUAAAUAAAAUUUCAUAAAAUAUC